UUUGAAGAGAUAUAGUUCUAACCGAGCUUUCUGUCCACAGAGUGGAGCCUCCGGUACCCUGCACAGCCAGCUCCAUCCAGGAUUUCUCCGCCUGAAUUCCUUACCUCGUUGCAAGCGGCUGAAGAAGCCACGCUUCGGUCUGAGUUUCCCCAUCAACAGACUCUUUGCUGGGUUGGGAUUCCGCGUAGAACCGAGAAAAUGACACAUUUUAAUAAGGGACCAGCUUACGGACUGUCUGCCGAAGUGAAAAGCAAAAUUGCCCAAAAAUACGACCCACAAAAGGAGGACGAGCUCCGCUUCUGGAUCGAGGAGGUCACGGGGAUGUCUAUUGGAGAGAACUUCCAGAAAGGUUUAAAGGAUGGCGUCAUUCUCUGCGAUCUGAUCAACAAGCUGCAGCCUGGCUCUGUAAAGAAAAUCAACCUCUCACAGCUGAACUGGCACAAGCUGGAAAACCUUGGGAAUUUCAUAAAGGCCAUCCUGGCCUACGGCCUAAAGCCCAGUGACAUCUUCGAGGCCAACGACCUGUUUGAAAACGGGAAUAUGACACAGGUCCAGACCACGCUGCUCGCACUGGCUAGUAUGGCAAAGACUAAAGGAAUGGACACAAAGAUCGAUAUCGGCGUGAAAUACGCAGACAAGCAAGCUCGACAUUUUGAUGAAGAGAAGAUCAAGGCUGGGCAGUGCGUGAUUGGAUUACAGAUGGGAACAAACAAGUGUGCCAGUCAGGCUGGAAUGACGGCGUACGGGACCAGGAGACAUCUAUACGAUCCAAAGACUCAGACCGACAAACCCUAUGACCAGACCACCAUCAGCCUGCAGAUGGGAACCAACAAAGGAGCCAGUCAGGCGGGCAUGUCGGCCCCCGGGACCCGGCGGGACAUCUUCGACCAGAAGGUGGCGCUGCAGGCCCUGGACAACUCCACCAUCUCCCUGCAGAUGGGCACCAACAAGGUGGCGUCCCAGACGGGCAUGAGCGUGUACGGCCUGGGCCGGCAGGUCUACGACCCCAAGUACUGCGCCCCCCCCACCGAGCCCCUCGUCCACACCAACGGCAGCCAGGGCACCGGCACCAACGGCUCCGACAUCAGCGACUGUGACUUUCAGGCCGAGUUCACCGAGGACGAGUUCCACGGAGGCUACCACAAAGACUACGACUCCCCCUACCACGACCAGAGCAUCGACUACUAGUGGACACCUCCACCCCCAGGGCAGUAUUACGCAUAUUCUACCCACCACUCAACAGAGCAAGCCUUUUGCGUCCCAGUAGUCGUUUUUAAUCCCUCGAAACGUAGAAGACGUCUGUGUCUGGCUGGUCUUCUUCGACUGGACUCUGAACAGCAAAGGUCUUUAGAGGUUGUAGUAGACUAGAACCAGAUGAAGAAAUAGCUCAUUUGAAAGCAUCAUUGUCAAUAUUAACUUCUUUUUUUUUUUUUAAGUAUCGAUGUAAUAUUAAAUUAGUGAUCAUGUUAAACUGUCAUGAAGUCGAACACAUGAAAAUAGUACAUUGUAUUAUUUUGAAUUUCCUUUUAUGUGAAGGUUAAUCCUUCAAGAAGUCUCCAACAGUGAGCUGAUUUUACCACCUCUUCAGCUAUUUCUCUGUAUUGGUUCUAUAAGCCAGUUUUAAUCGUGCUACAAUUCCUCUUAUGUUUCCUUUUGGCUAAUAACUAGAUUUUUACUCUGUAACUGAUCAGAUAUGUAAAUACUGAUGACUGCAGCCCAUAUAUUCCAUAUGAUUAAACUUGAGCCAAUGUCCAGACCAAACGUUUUUUUUUCUAAGCUGUAUUUAUAGCAAUAAGUCUUUGUAAGACAUUCCACUAUUUUACGAUCAACAAUAAAAAUGGUAUGUUUCAAUAUAAAGCCUUAAAUUCCUUUAUUCUGAAAACCUGCUUGCACAGCGCUUUUGAUUGAAACUGACUCACAGUCCUGCUUGAG